GUGGGUCUGGGGGUGCGGGUGCGCUGUGGGGCGCGGGUGACCGCAAUUCGCACAUCAGCACCACCUGGCUCCUCCGCUGCCUCCUCCCCCUCCUCCGCUGAGGCGGCGGUGGCGGGGGUGACACUGGCCAGCGGGGAGGAGGUCGAUGCGGAGGUGGUGCUGUCAAACAGGGACGUCCCGCUGUCGUACGGGCUGCUGCGGGGCGCCGCGGAGACCCACGGGUCGGCCCGCUCGCAGCGGCUGCUGGCCGGCGGGGAGUACAGCGCGGGUGUGAUCGCCUACCUGUGGAGUGUGGAGGGGCGGCGGCUGGAGAAGCUGGCGCACCACAACGUGUUCCUGUCGGCUGACUACCGCGGCUCCUGGCAGCGCGCCACGUGCCCCGACUCGCUGCCCCGCUGCCCCAACUUCUACCUGCACUGCCCCGCCCGCACCGACCCCACCGCCGCCCCGCCUGGCUGCGACUCGCUGAUGGUGCUGCUGCCCGUGGCAAACAUGCAGGAGAUCCUGCGGGCACAGGAGGCGGAGCGCCGCAGGACUGCCUCCCCGCUGCUAGCAGCCCUCACUGCCGGCAGUGCUGCUGCAUCUGCUGCUGCCGCGGGGGGCGGGGAGGUGGACUACUCGGGGCUGGUUGCCGCGGGUCGCGAGGCGGUGUUCCGGGCACUGGAGGAGGCGGGGGUGGCGGGGCCGGGCGGGGCGGCGGGGCUGCGCGGGUGCAUUGCGGAGGAGGUGGUGAUCGAGCCGAGCCAGUGGGCGGAGAGGUACUCGCUGGCCCACGGAGCCGCCUUCGGUCUGUCGCACGGGCUGUCGCAGCUGUCCAUCCUGCGGCCCGACGUGGGGGAUGACAAGGUCCGCGGGCUGUACCACGUGGGUGCCUCCUGCCGCCCGGGUAACGGAGUGCCGCUGGUGAUGCU